GGAGAGAUCCCAAAAAUUGUAAUUAAUCGUUCGAUAAAAUGCUUUCGUUCAUUGCACUUAUCCCGAUCUUGCCACUGGUGUGUGCCAUUGAAUUUGGGAUCCCUUUCAAAUUGUGAACUGACUUUCAUGAUAAGGCCCAAACCUUUUACCCGGAUUGUCCCAAGGGUUGGGUCAUAAUCACUGACCAAAUUCGCUCAGAGGAUCAAGGAGCUCAGAUUCCCAUCAUGAGUUGGGAUCAAGUUCCCAUGAAAUCCCUCCCUAUUGAGACCCUUUGUUCUGUCACAAUUAUGGAAUGAACCAUGGAAUGAACAAUGAAAACGGUCCAUGGGAAUUCUGUACAGAGUCAAACCUUUUCACAAUGGAUUGACCGUGUUCCUCACGGAUGGUUCUAUUCCCAAAAAAGCUUGGUUGGAAUUGGCUGUGGAAUCGAAUCAUGCCUUCUUUUUAGCGCAAAUGAACGGAUCGGCUAUUGGUUCGAUUUCGUUGAUUUGUCCAUUUGUUAAAGCACACGCCGCAGAUAUUGAAAUCCUGUGGGACGAGUCUUUUGGAUUCUAUGGCGAUUUCAUUAAAACCAUGAUGGAUCAAUGUUUUCACCAAUUCCAAGAGGUAGAUUGGCCGGUCAUAUAUCGAGAAAUUCCACCCGUUGUGUACAACGAUACCAGUAGCCCAGAUGGAGUCAAGGGAUUUGAAGUUGAUUUGGCCAAUCUGCUCAAGAAGCAUCUGGGAAUCGCCACACCGUUGGUCCGGGAUAAGGCAACUCUGAUCAGAUUACCCAACGAGCCAAGAAUCAUGUCGAUCCUAUACGCAAUGUACUCCUAUGAGGCCCGCUUGAUGAUUGGAUCCCCCCCAGCUCAUCAGGAUUUCAAUCGGUUCGGAGACUUCUCCAUUACAAUUUACACAUCAACCGCUCAUUAUUGUUCAAGGCUUCCACAGCCGUUGCCCAAUUACCAAAACCUGAUCAAGGUGUUCCCACCCAAUGUUUGGCUUGUCAUGCUUGUGACCAACUUGAUCUGCUCGUUGGUAAUGUACGGCAUGUACCGGUUUUAUGCCUCACACAAUGUUUUGACUCAUCUGAAGAUUGGUUCAAUGAAGGCAAAAUUGCUAGAUUUUUUGAUUCGAAUCAAUAUUGGCAUCAUGGAACCCGAUGCUAUUCCUUGGUUCAAGACUCACUCUGCUGGGAGCCUCUUUUCCGGAACAUUUUAUAUCUAUGCCACUUUCCUGGGCUUCUUCUACACCUCCAUGUUCUUGGCCGCCUUGGUGUCCGUGGAACGUGAGACCCCGAUCAACAACCCACGAGAUGCCUUGGAAAGGGGAGAGAACGUCUACAUGCCUAAUUUGCUGACCAUGUCCAAUCCUGCCUUACCCAACUUCAAAAACCUCCCAACGGACGUUCAAGAAGUAGGCGUGAUGGCCAACCGACGGGGAACCGUUUAUGACUUUUUCAAAGCGGGUUAUCCAGCCGAGGGAGUGAAAGACAUGCAAGAGAAUGGUGCUUCUUUCGUCAUCGGAGUGGUUAAAACGUCGUCUCACUCAAUCGUGGACAAUGAAUGGGAGGAAGAGUACAUUCGGUCAGGAACCGAUUCAAUCGCCUUGGCAGAAUGUUUUGUAUGUCCCGAAGUACGCCCCGUGGGGUCCAUUCAUCAACCAAUUGACAAUGCAUUUGGUGGAUUUUGGAGUCAUAUCCUUGAACCCCCCAAAAGAGGAUGUCUUUGAAGCAAUUCGAUUCUGACAGCCUUCAUUUUGCUGGUGGGUGGAACAACUCUGGCGAUCUUGGCAUUUACUUUUGGAAAACUUCGGAGCAUUGCUUAAAUC